GUCUGGCAGUUUACGAAGUCGAGACAAUCGGGAAGAACACGCCAUCAGUUUUAUCGAGUGUUUGAGUGGUUUUUUGAGGAUUAAAAUAUUUUGUUGAUGAUUUUUAGCUCAGGCAUUAAUGGAGUGAAUUUUAUUAGUUCAAGGAGUUCACGAAUUGCGAUUGAUUUUUUCUGGAUUUCGAGGGGUUUGACACCAUGGCUGAUCAUCAGCAGGGAGAGGCUUCAGAGUUAAUCGAGAAAAUAACUCAGGGGUUAAAGGAGACCAUUCCAGAGUUUUAUAAGGAGUGGGAGAUCGUGGGAUUUGAUGCUGUCACACAGAAAAAAUUCGAGAAUACUAUCGUUGCACACCAUCAGGCCCUCUGGUCCGAGAUGCUCACCGAGACGAAGCAACGAACAUCGAACCUCCUGGAGAGCAUUGAGACAUCAACUCAGAAACUUCAGAUCCUCAGCAAGGAGCUCAAAACCCAAGUGGACCUAUACUGCGAAGAGAUGGCCCUCCUGGAUGCCGACAGACACCUUCGGAGGCAGUUGCAAGAGCUAGAAGAGAUAAAAGAGUCCCGUCUCUCCCACCUGCAGGAUCUCCUCUCCAAAGAAAUGGAAAUUUGCGCAGUGAUGGGAUCCAAACCAGUAGGCUUGGAGAGUCCAGUUCCCUCAGAGGAACAGCUUCAAAAAUUCGAGAUCUACAUUUCAAACCAGGAAGCCGAGAUGCUUCGCCUGAAGACGGUUUUCAAAGAAGUCAGAAUGGAGAUAGUGAAGGCAAUGGAAGCAUUAGAUUAUUCCCCAAAGUUGGACUUCCAGCGUUUGGUCGUCAACGAUUACCACAACUUCGUCUUCAGUCCGUCAAAUAUGGACAAGCUGGAAAAAUUACGUGACGAAAUGUUGGAGAAAUUGUCCGCAGCAAAAGAGACAGUUGAGAGCAAGCGUCAGGAGCUGUUAUCUCUGCUGGAGUAUCUGGAAGUGCCCCAAACCGACUAUCAAGACUUCUUGGAGAAAAAUUCAGGCUGUGAUGCAAGUACAAUUUCCUUAUUGAAUAAGGAGAUUAAAAAAUGCAAGGAAAUAAGGAUGAAGAACAUGGAAAAAUACGUGGAAAAGAUCAGAGCGGACAUUAGGGACCUCUGGGACACCUGUAAAUUCGGUGAGAAACAGAGAAAUGCAUUCAAACCUUACAAGUAUCAAAACUACUCGGAGGACGUUCUGACACUUCAUGAAUUGGAAUUGGAGGAGCUGAAGAGAUUUUAUCAGCAGAAUGAGAAGAUCUUUCAGCUUUUUAAUCAGUACGAGGAGAUGUUCCAGAAGAUGGUGGAGCUUGAACUGAAAUCCGAUGAUCCCAAUAGAUUGAAUAAUCGAGGCGGCCAAUUACUGGAGGAAGAAAAGACCAGGAAAUUGCUCACAAAAAAUCUUCCCAAGACCGAGGCCAACCUCAAGGAACUUCUGGAUGAAUUUCACACUCAAAAUGGUGUGUUUUUUACCUUCGAUGGCCUCACCUUCGAGGAGUAUGUUCAACGAGAGGCGGAGAAAUGGAACGAGGAGAAGGAGAACCUCAGGCUGGCUAGGGCUAGAGCCAAGGACGUAAAGAAAUCUGGUAAAAAGACACCAGUGAGUGCUUCACGAAAGAAUCUCACAAGUGCUAUCAGUAUGAGGGGCAUUCAGAGUUCCGUUAAGCGCAAGCUACCGAUGGAUAAAUCACCAGUGAUAAUUGGUAACAAGAAACGCAUGGUCCAAAGUGAGAAGACAAGACCAACACUCGCCUGUGGCUCCAGAAUCAGGAGGAGUGGAAAAGUUUCGCGGAAAAUUUUUUCAAAUUCUUUGAAUAAAGAGAGCCCCCGUAGAAGAAAGACCCCGAAAAUCGUCGUGUCAGAUGUCUCCAACGAUACAUUGAAUAUUCAGCCUUAUGAGGUCUUUCAGGAACAUAUCUCCAGCAGAAAUGAACUCAGGAGUACUUUGCUGUCUGAACAAUUGCUGCAGAAUGUUCGUGGUGAAGGAAAGAAGAUGAAGACACCUGUUAAGACACCUGUGAAACCGUUGAGGAAGCACUUGGUAUCCUCUAGCACACCUCACAUAACUCCAAUGUCGGCUCCUCGCAGACCUUCCAGGAGCCCCAGGAUCACCAACACCCCCAGGCUCACUACAGCGCCUACCAAUGGGCUCUCUCACUUGAAAUUGUAGAGGAGAAGAGUUUCAUCAGUUUGUAUUAUUGAUUAACAUUGGUUAAAGUAGAUUAACGUCCGAUAACUCAUUUCGAUACUUUCUGUUUUAUUAUUUUUAUUUAUGCUUUUUAUUUUUUUAUCGGGGGCCACUAACAUAUUUUAUUGUAGCGUCUGCACAAGAGGGUGGGAGGGGGGGUGAUUAUUAUGCCUUUAUUGUUAGGGUAGAGUGGAGAGGGAAACUGACAUUUUCGUUGUUAUUAAUCGUAAAGGCCUUUGUGACACUGGCUUUUUUAUACUGAAAUAUCUAGCCUUGUAUAUAGAUUCCCUGAUGCAAUAAACGCUUCUUAAUUCAACAAUGAGUGGUUUUUCAUUGUUUUAUUGUUGUUUACGUGGGAUUUAAGCUGUUUUGGCGGUAAAUUUAUGUCCUGUGGGUUAUGAAUAUUUUCAAGUUAUUGGGGGCAACGGAUUCUCACGCUGUGCUUCUUUAGAAAAAAGUGUUAUACAUAAAAUACUGAAAAGGUUUGAAGACAUUUUUUGUAAAAAAUUUUCAUGUCCAGAAAAAUAUGAGAAAGUCUAAAAUUUAUAU